UAGCAAAUAAAAAUCGAUUGCCACAAUCUAUGUGUCUUCGAAGUUAACCAAAAAAUAAUAAUGGAGGUGCAGCAAUGGUGGAGGCUCAGAUUCUCCUUCAGGAAUGCAACCAUGGUCGUGUGUUUCCUUAACAUAAUCACUGCAAUCUUCUUGCUUCAUGCUUUUCUCACCUCUGCUUACACCCGCAACAAAUUCUCCAACGCUAACUCAAACUCAGCUCAACUCAAUUACAUUAAGGAAUCUGAAGAGAUUCGACUUGCCAUGCUACCGGUGGAACUGAUAAAAAGAGUGAGGGAGAUUGAGCAGGAAGUAUACACUGAACCAGAAACUGCCCAGAAGAAAGACACAAAGCUGACUGCUGCAGUUGAUCUGUCUAAAAGGUUAAAGGAUUUCCGUUCCUUGAAUGAUGCUGCCAGCUUGAAAGCUUUGGAGGAAUGGCGAAAGAGGAAGAUGGAGAGGGCCAGACAAAGAGAAUUGGAGAAAAAUGGAACAACUUCUUCUCAAGCUUGACUUUAUAUAUUCUCUUAUAUCAAGUGAAAGUUGACAUGCUGAUUUCAAUACAUAAUGGGACAAUUAGUAGUCAUUUAGUGUACACUGUAUAGCAUCUUUAAGAUUUUCCACAGCUUAUGUUAUAAAGGAAUCUUUCUUCGGACAGAAUUUGUGAUUGAUAGUUUGAUACUAUUACUCAUCUACUUUAGUUUUCUUUAUAUUUUAAAAAUUAAAAUAAAUAAUUUACCAUCUUUCUUGAUCUUGUCU